ACUGACGCUAAUGACGUUUAUAAAGAAGAAUACUUUAGAGAGAAUUUCAAUAUAAUCGAAAAAUUCAUUCAAUUCCGGCGUAAACAAUUUCUCUUGUUUUAGCAGAAUUUGCCUAAGAAAAUCUCGGUUUCAAGAAGACUCCUAAAAUUACUCGGCUCGAAAAGCCAUAGUCCAUCCUAAGAAAAUGUCCACAACAGAGAAACCUGAAACGCAGCCAACUCCGCAACAGCCGAAAAAGGCUCGGACGGACUUACAAUCACUGCCCACACGACAGUACCUAGACCAAACCGUAGCGCCUAUCCUCCUCCAAGGCCUGCAAACACUAGCCCGCGAGCGGCCACCGGAUCCAGUCAGUUUCCUAGCCUCGUAUUUGAUGAAAAAUAAAGGACGGUGCGAGGACACGCCGACGGAAAACUCAUGAAUUAACCUCCGGACGACCACAUGCCAGCGAAACAAUCGCAUUUUGUUAAAUCUAAGAAUAGUAUUGUAUUUUAUUUGUAGCGGGUAAGUUUUCCUUCGCGGCAGAGCCCCCGCACUCAGGGCGCUGGCCUUCACCGAAAGGCAAACCGAUUCCUGCAAAUACUUAUUACCCACUUCACUACCUCCUCCUCUCCGCCUACUUCGUUCCCCGCAAAGUUUUGACGGAUUUGGGCUUAUUUGGUGGCUUGAUCGAAUAUGAAGACAGUUCACAAGGAUUCUACGUAAAAAAAUUGUUAUUGCAAGGAUCAUAUAUUUGAAGAAUGUUUGAAAUAUAUAAAGGAAAUAAGGAAAA